AAAACCUAGUUUUACUAUUCCUAAUCAAUAUUUGAAAUAUUACUAAAUUAAUAUAAUUUCAGAUGGAAUGAUUGUAUUAUGUUUUCAUUUAAUUCGUGUAUUCUUAUAUUAAAUAUCAAAUGUAUCUAAACACCAUCGUCAACCGCACCAGAACAGGAACCAAGGGUAGAAGAAGAAGCAUUUCCUAAAGAAACGCGAAAAAUACCCCUUAUUGAUUGCAACAGUACGCAUACAUAAAAAGAAUGUAGCAUACUCGACAUAUCCUGCACGGUAAGAAAAGCAAAGUAAUCGCGAAAAUAUUCGAAUGAUAGAAUACGUAGGGAAAUCGAAGAGAGAUUCCGGUAGCGAUGAUCCACGGUGCAGGAGCGCCGCCGCGACUGGCGCCUCUCGCGGCGAACAUUGGAAAGAGUGGCGCGGCAGCUCGACGGCCAUGUUUAACAAUCUCCCUUGUGUGUUUAGUAUGCUGCGGUCGGUGUAUCGGCGCGCCGAGACGAGACGGACGGGACGAGACGAGCGACGGCGGCGACGAGGAGGUGGAGGAAGAGGCGGUGGAAAUCGGUGUGCGCGCUCAUGACGGGGACCUCGUGCGUACCAGUCGCGUCGUCGAGCCGAGCCGAGUCGAGUCGUGUUACGGCCGUAAUCGUGGUUGUUCCUCGCAACAGUUUGUCCCGGUGACCACGUCAGUAUCUGUGCGCGAACACGAGAAAACUAGUGCUCGUUAGCAGUCGAAACGUUCGGUGAAUCGUAACGCCACGUCCGAGCAGAACCGAACGAGACGAGUCUCCCGUUGCAGGCCCGCGCGGAUAAAACUUUUGAUUAUUAUCGGCACUCGAGAGCAACUGUGCUCCAAAAGUUUUAAAACGUGCAACCGUAGCCAGGCGCUGCUCUCGUUCGACCUCUCUCGCCCUCCGCGAGUUAUAUAUCCGAUCAGUGCGCGCUAGUCCUCCCUACUCUCUUUUUCCUCGGGUGUAUUUUUCACUCGCUCGCUCCCAAGCGUCCGUCUCCGUUCCCGUGUUAUCCCUACUCGGUGUCUCGCGGCGUUUCUCUCGCUCGCUCUUCGGGCAGCGAUUUCAAGAAUGUGACAGUGCGCGUCCUCGCGGUCGCCUCGCGCGAAUAAGCCCGCAGGCCGGCCACGGCGAUGGGUGACGAGCGACAAGUGUGUUACGGUGAAUAGUGAAGAAGUGCGGAGAAACACCGAAGGAAAGAGCAGAGAGAAAGACUGAACGAUGCCAGUGGAAAAUGUCACUCGGUGAUACGCGUACACGGAUGACGGGGAGUGAUCGACGCGACAAUCUCGGAUUUGAGGUUAAAGUGUCGUCGUCGUCUUCGUCGUCAUUGUUGUUAUGCGGUGCCGGUGCGCCGGCAUUGGCCACGGCACGGGCAAAGGAGUAUCAAGAACGAAAACGGCAUUACCGCCACGGUCUGGACGUUCGAGAUUUCGAGAGACAUUGAUCAAAGGUCCCAGUGUUCGACGUUCGCGAUCGAGGAUACUUUACUAAUGAGAGUACUCACCACCGAGAGGUUGAGUUGUUUUGCUACCACGGGUGUACGAGAUAAGGGGUUGCCUUUUAAAAGGAGGACUCGCGAUAGAAAACAAUUUUCACUCCAAGACGACCGAUGUACGUAUUUUCUACGCGCGCGGUAGCGCGUCUGUGUUCGUGGUUGUGCGCCGGGUCGCGAGGUUAAGGCACCGCUGUCGUCGAUAUACAACGUCCGAGGAAAGUCAAGAACCGGUGUCGUGUGCGCCACCGAACAGCGCCGCUACGUGCUGUGGAUAAGUGCAUCGCGAUUAUUUAGUGCGCGUACGUAACCUCCACGGACACCAACGUGGAUAAACGAACUCUUACUCGACAAAAAUUACCUUUUCAUUGGAAAAUCGAUUAGGAGUAGACUGUUCGCUUGAAUGAAAUUAUAGAUAGUCCUCUCGUGCCUUUCGCUGCUGUAUUAUGCGCCACGUUCUUCUGUCGACGGCUGGGAUACCAUAACCUUGUAAUAAAUCCCGAAUCGAUAAGAAGGCGCUCCGAGUGAUCGAGACCACGCACCCUGUGGCACGUCAACCAAUCGAAGCAGCGACCAGUUGGCGUAUACAGUGGGCGCAUAGGUAAACGGAGAGCUCAAAGUCGGCAGACGGUAUUCGACCCAACCUCGUUUACCAGCUUGAAAAAAGUUCCGCGGCGCCAUAGACCACGAGGUUCCGAACACGCGUUUCACGUUCGAUGCGGGGAGUCCAAGGUGGAAAAUUGAAGAACAAGUUGGAGAGAGUCGCGUUCAACGGUCGCGCGAUUCUCCACGAGCUCUAGCGACGGGGAAUCCCGGCAUUCUGGCACGGGGGACUCACGCAUCACACUAUUUCGGGACCGUGAUCCAAAGUGCACCGAGAUAUACGCCAGGAGAGCAUAAAUAAAUAUACGUAAACUGGUAUACGCGUGUGCCUCCGACUCUCUGGACCCCGUCGUUUCGUCGAGGGGACCGUUCGUCUGUGAUUUCUUCGUGCGUCCGUGCAGGGGAGGCAGUGUUUGUUUAUCUCUUUCACGGACGGUGUGUAACCGACGGUGUAUAUACUUCUCGUGCACGGUUUUUUCAGUCGUAGUCGGCGCGUUGGCGAAAGAGGAACAGGGGACAGCCUCGGUGGCGAAGAAGAGGAAGAGAAAAAGAAGAAGACGACGCCCGCGGAGACGAUCGGUAACAGCUGCGACGCAGGGGGCAGGCGGAGGUGGUUGGUUCCCUCCGGUCGACGGUUUCACAGAUCCCGUGGGUUUCUCAAUUUUCCGCGCGGCAACGUUAAAAAGUACUGGCCCCCAAAUGCGCGUACCGCAAAUCCUGUUUCAUGUUCAUGUUCUGGAGCAAACGGACGGCGCUCACUAGACGUCUCCUAAAGGCCAAAGUCUGUGGAGAGCAUGAAACCGAGUGUGAAGCUCAAGAGGAUUCGUCACGUAUUCACCGCGCAAACAACACGGCCGGGACCGAGAACGACACGAGCAACGUGACGGGAACGAGAGGAGUGCGCGGAGCGUCGUCAGGAGGUGUAGUCGCAGGUGGAGGUGGUGGCGGGCGUAUCGCGUCGAGUAGACUCCAUCAAGGCUGCUGCGGCGGCGAUCAAAGCCAGGACGAUGACGAGGAUCCCGUACGCGUGUUAAGGUGCAAGGAGCUCCUCAAGUCGCUCAAGGAAAAUCAGCUCGAGAUGUUGGUCACCGCCGUGGAGAGCUGCGGCGCCGAUCUCGGCUCGUGCGUCUUGGUGCCCCGUCACCAUCCGGAGGACGUCUACGACGCGGACCAACAGUACUAUCGUCCCCAUCGUUACAAUCACCACAACAAUCAUUACCACUAUCAUCACCCGCAUCACAACCACUAUCACAAUCGGCAUCACCGCAGGCAUCAUCGUUCCUCGUCGCUGGAGAACGACGACGAACAGAAUUCCGGCUCGGAGGACUCGUGCGCCUCACCGAUGAGAAACGAACGGUGCAGGCCACCGAUGCGAGGCGCGAUCGAGAACGCGCCGAUCGAUCCGCACUUGCUCUGCUGUCAGAUCUGGCGGUGGCCGGAUCUAGCUCACUCCUCGGAGCUCAAGACGCUUCCUGUCUGUCAUUCCGCUAAAGACCCCGUAUACAUAUGCUGCAACCCUUACCACUGGAGCCGGCUCUGCAAACCCGAGUCGCCGCCACCCCCGUACUGCCUUAUUGCCGACAGACUGAGACCCGAAGAUCGUGCGCCCAGCGAAGGGGAUCAACGUCGGUGCAAAAACAGCACACCCCUGCCACUUCCCGGCUCCCUUACCACCAACGGAGAAGGUGAGAUGGGACAAAAGGAAUGGUGUACAUUAGCAUAUUGGGAAUUGGGUGGUCGAGUGGGUCGUCUCUAUCCAGUGGAGCCUUCAACGGUAAACGUUUUCGAUUCCCUCCACGACGGCGACGGCCUCUGCUUAGCAACGCUAGCCGAAAAUCAUGUUGCUCCACCUGCGGUCCAAAGAACGCGAAGCAAGAUCGGUCUUGGUUUGAUGCUCAGCCAAGAAGUGGAUGGCGUGUGGGCAUACAACAGAUCCGAGAGCCCGAUCUUCGUGAAUUCACCUACUCUGGAUGACCCGGAGUCUAGAACGCUGCUCGUCUACCGCGUACCUCCCGGUUUCUGUCUGAACAUCUUUGAUCGUACCAAAGUUCUUCAGCUUCCCUACGGCGGUGGUAGCACGAGAACGAGCAGUCAGACGACAGGCUUCGCCUCGGGUCCUGUCGAUAUCAACUCCGUCCGCAUCAGCUUCGCCAAAGGCUGGGGACCCAAGUACGCAAGACAGGAAGUGACCUCUUGUCCGUGUUGGCUCGAAGUGCUCCUAGCGCCAUGCAGGUGAUCCCUACGACACAUCGCGAAGGUAUUCAGUCUCGUCCGUUUGCGCCUCUUCUUGCUCCUCGUCGUCCCCCGAGAGGGCCGAUCUGUGAAACUGACGCAGCAACGACGAAGCUCCGUCCCAAAGGCUGCCAACGGAUACUCAAACGACGUGGAUCGCCGCCAGCAGUCUUACCAAAGUACGCCGCCAUACAUCCAACGAACAGCGUCGUUUUGUUAACAGAGAGAAAAGAAAAAAGAAAAAAAAAAAAAUAUGAGAGAAUCACUCGACAAGUGCGUUUUUUAUAUUCUUGUGCCUACGAGCGGUAGGACACACAGUGUCUACGUGGUACCCGAUUCUACGUUAGAACUCGCGACACACUUUGUCUCGUCGAUGAUAUUGUCGUACUUUCUGGAUAACGCUAAAUGAGAUUCCACGAAAAAGUGAAGCGGAAAGACUCCCGCUAGGUCUAGUCAGUGGUAUUUAACGUUUGUAAAGCUCGGCGUCUGCGCGUCCUUGCGUUAAGAAUAACAUAAGAUAAACGAACGCUAUCUGAAAUCAUGGAAAGUACGAGAGUAGAAUCGACACCGUGUACACGAUCGCUUUUCUUUAUCGUCGAUUCGUAAUUUUAAUACCCGUGCUGUCUGGCCAUGUCCUCGUUUACGGUUGAUCACUGCACCGCGUGGAAGCGGACACUUGGGCUUCCGUUGAGGUCUAGUCAAUGCUGUUUGAGAGCGUGAAGAAGCUCGUUGGCCGCGUGGAUUACGAUGGAUUAUUCCCAAUCUGUUCGAAUUAUCAAGAAACGAGAACAAUGCCAACAGAAACCGAAGGUACUUGGCGUUUUACCUUCGAGAAAGACUUUAACGAUUAACGCGACGAACGCGCCGUGCGGCAUAAAUUUCCUUCGUUUGUAUGGAAUUUAUCCAAGCGCGAGAAAAGAUUUGUUACGUUUAUUCCGAGUUAAUCGAAAUCUAUCGGGUGUAACUACACCUUUGGCAUCUAAUGUUUGCGAACUAGUCAGCGAUAAAAAUGAAGAAAAACGUUUUUCUAGCGGGUCUGACGAAACUUUCCUCUCGGUUCUUCCCUCAAUUCUGCGCAUCGCGCUUCGCGAUAUAUCCCAGCGUUACGGUUGUAUGUAUAACACUCCUCACAACGGCGCGGCGCGGCGUUUCAUCGGUGUUAAAAAUGUCGUGUACCACGAGCACUGCUGUCCCCGAUCGUCGUUCGGUGCUGUACGUACGUAUGUAUAUGUACAUACAUUGUGCCUUUCCCAGCUUCCUUCGUGGUGCAAUGUGCGAAUGAGACGUAUGAGUGCGCGUGCGUGUGUAUAUAUGGAAAACGAGAGUGAAAAUGAGAGAGCGAGAGAGAGAGAGAGAGAACUCCGCGUGCCAGCUUUGCACCAAAAUGCCCAGAGAGCUUCGUACUACAGUAAUACGAUACUGUGAUAAAAAGUUCGACCCAGGUCUCUUUUUCCUUCCUUGUUUCGGAUCGCGUUUUAUGAAGCACCGACGAGAAAAGCAAUCAAAUCUGUUACUGUGUAUAUUGUACGCAAAAAAAAAAAACGAACGUAUGCUUAAUAAAAAGAUUAAAAAAAAAAAAGAAAUGAAAAGAAAACGAUGAAAAAAAAUAUAGAUAUGAUCCAUAGUUAGUCAGUUUAAAUUUAUAAAAAGUGUACUGUUCUUUCGGGAAUAAUUUUCUACGGUCUCGCGAGAGACGAUAUUAAACCAAUUUUAGAGUGUAAGCGAGUAGGAGUUUCUACAAAAAUUUUAUCGCUGAAGUCUUCGCCGAAAACGAAAUAUAAAUAAAAUCAAAAUGGACGCGCGUGUGCAUCGAUCCACGAUUAACAGGCGACUCGUUCAGAGGAAGAAGCGUUACGGGAGUUCGAAGCGAUGUUUAAGUACGUACAUACGAUGUAACGUGUACCACCAGUCAUACGUAUUCAUUCAUUCGCGUACGCAAAACACGAGCAUGUAUAAAAUCACAGUCGACUAAUCGAAUAGUUUUUUGUUGUUUUUUUUUUCUUUCUUUUUUUCUUCGAGCCGUUAGUUACAUUUCGUACGACCGCUUUUAUCGGUUUAACGCGUUGAAACGUUCUCGAUGUCCCCGCGGACCGACGCUGAACUUUUUAUUUAGGCCUGUGUAGACAUCAGCCUAGUGGGAUAAAAGAAUAUUAAGGAAGGAAUAUAAUACUUUGACAAAGGAUUAAUGUAAUUUAUUAAGAGAAUUUAAAUGAAAAUGAGAGUUUCCUUUGCAGAUAUUACGUGGUAAUGUUCGAUUUGUAGCCUCUUGGAUUGAUUCAUUGUAAAUCUCGAUUAUCAACGUUUAUUAUCGGUACUGACCGAGGCUUCUGAGCACGACAGAAACACGAACGAAGAGAGGAAAUCCCUUCCUUUUCUACUAUACGCUGCAUUGACAGAAUCCUCAGGAAACAGAACGUCAAGACAGUCUUCGACAAAGUCAGACUUCUCACCUCUCCCAAAGAUCCACAACCGCAGUUAUAGUCGUCAGGUAUCUACAAAGUACCGUGCUCGUGCAUACAUAGGUGAAAUUAGGAAUCGUAGCGAAACUCUGGGUGAACGCAACAAUCUGCAACGUCGAUUCUUUCGAUAUAAUUGUAUUCAGUAAUGAACAGAGUGACGAUACGUACUGUAUCGAACUGCAAGGGAGCCCUAACUUUUCAUUUUUACGAAAGAAAGAAAUAUACGACCAUAAAAAUUUGUA